AUGAUUCUAAAAGAUGACCUUGGUGUAGUUGGCUUGACAUGGCGAGUUGGGAACUAUCUGCUCCUCUCUAUGUCUCUGGUAGCAGUUCAACUAAAGGCUGAUCUUGAAUAUUCAAAGAACAAACACUACACCUGGAAAACAGGGCAGUGGGGAAGAUGUACGAGUGAGGACUGCGGCCCCGGCGGCAUCCAGACCCGGACCGUGUGGUGCGUUCACACAGAGGGAUGGACCACACACCAUUCCAACUGCCAACCUGCUGACAAGCCAGAGGCCCAGCGGCGCUGCUUCAAGGUGUGCGAAUGGCACCAGGGCUUGUUUGAGUGGGAGACGUCCGAAUGGAGCGCCUGCACCCUGGCACCCCCCCACCCCAACGAGUUGCGUCUGAGGGCGGCGGAGUGUGUGACUGCGCAGCAUGGCAUCCAGAGGCGCAGCGUCCAUUGCGUGCGCCGGUCUAAUCACAGUUCCGUGAGCGAGCGCGUCUGCUCUUUCUUCUCCCCGAGGCCCACGGAGGAGCAGGCCUGCCUCAUCCCCUGCCCCCUGGACUGCGUGGUAUCUGACUUCUCACCCUGGUCGAGCUGCAGCGAGACCUGUGGCUCGGGCCUCCAGCACCGCACACGAGCCGUUCUGGCCUCACCUGAGUACGGUGGUGCUGGUUGCCCCAACCUGACCCAAACCCGCACCUGCCAUGGCCCUGUGCCCUGUCCUGGGGGUGGGGGCGAGUACCGGUACAGCCUUAAAGUCAGCUCGUGGAGUGAGUGUCGACUACCUCACCAGAAGGACCUCUGGAGCGGAAGGACCACGCUGGAUUUCAGCAGCAACUUCGCUGAGAGAAACUCUGUCAAGCGUCACACCCGCAGUGCCCACGCUUACCAUCACAAGCCUACUGCGUGGGAAAUCGAGAUCGGCUACCGGACACGGCAGGUUCGCUGCACGCGUAGCGAUGGCAAAAACGCCAUGCUGAGCCUGUGUGCCCAGGACAGUCCAGCUAUAACAUAUCAGUCCUGUGUGAUGCCCAGGGACUGUGAGACGUCUGACUGGUCUCAGUGGAGUCCAUGUUCAAAGACCUGUCGAGCAGCAGACUUGUCGCCAGGCUACCGGACAAGAACCCGCUACCUGAAGCAGGUCCCUGUUGGUGGGGGCAAGGAGUGUCCCAGUCUUGAAGAAAAAGAAGCAUGCAACAUUUUUGGAGACUCCCUGCCCAACUGCCCAACGUACAUUUGGAAGACCACAGAUUGGGGAGACUGCCAGGUGGCCCCACUGCUCAGCCAGCAGGACCAGCGCCACAGUAACCUGAGUGUGCUGUGUGGUGGUGGGAUUCAGACCAGGGAAACCUACUGUGUACAGGUCUCAGAUGUCAAUGCUCCACAGGACAUAAAAGAAGUGUCCAGGCCUGUAAAUGGACGACUCUGUGUUGGACCUUUCCCCUCGGUGGUCCAGCACUGCUCUAUCCCCUGUCCAGAGGAGUGCUUGCUGUCCCAGUGGUCUGCCUGGGGGCCAUGUCUCCAUGACAACUGCUUGGAUCCACAAGGAAGAAAAGGUUUCCGGCAGAGGUGGAGACACGUGAUCCGCGAGCCUGCUGAUAUGCCCCAGGGCUGCCCCCACCUAGUCGAGGCAGUCCCAUGCGAGGACCCCGUCUGUUUCCAGUGGCGUGUGGAGCCAGAGGAGCCUUGUGUGCCCCACAAGGGAGCAUGUGGCCCAGGGAUCCUGAGUCAAAGUGCACAAUGCAUCAACACUAGAGGUGCAGCUGUUCCCAGUGAGCUGUGUUUGGAAGACCGCCCACCGUCUUCCCUUCCUUGUGAGGUGUCCUGUCCAGGGGACUGUGUGGUCAGCUCCUGGUCCCCGUGGUCACCUUGUUCCCACUCAUGCUCCACCAAGAAUGCUGAGGGAAGACAGAGCCGCACCCGUACUGUCUUGGCACAUCCCGGAGAAGAUGGGAAACCGUGCCCCCCGGUCACUUCCCUGGAGGAAUGGAGAGCCUGCAAUGACCACCCAUGUGCUGUAUUUUACUGGCAAACCUCAGCAUGGGGCCACUGCAUGGAGGAUUCAUCUCUGAGCAGCUCAAAUGCUACCAGCAGCUGGAAGGGGCAGCCCACCUGUGCCGUGGGAAUUCAGACCCGCAAGGUGUCCUGUGUCAAGAUGAACACUGGCCAGGUGAUCUCAAAAAGGUGUCCGGAAUCCUCUCGGCCUGACAGCCUUCGUCCCUGUUUGCUGCCCUGCAGGAGAGACUGCUUUGUGACACCAUUCAGCGAAUGGACACCCUGUCCCUCCAUCUGUCUCCCAGGAUUCGGUGCAGAGCCACGCAAGCUAAUUCCUGCAGUCAGUGUUAGCGCAGCCACUCAGUCACGGUACAGAAUCAUCGUCCAGAGGCCAGCUUAUGGGGGACAGGAAUGUCCGAACACACUCUUCGAGGAGAGGGAGUGUGAAUCACUGCCCAUUUGCCCAUCCUACAGGUGGAAGACACAUAAGUGGCAUCAGUGCACUCUUGUGCCUGACUCAGUCAGACAUGGUGUGACUGGGCCUGGGGAAUCAUGCGGUCAAGGUUUAGAAACAAGAAGCGUGACAUGCAUAGGAGACAACAGCAGACUGGCAGACAUAACCUACUGCCUGCGGUGGGCAGGUCCAGUGCCUUCAGGGGUCCGCCAGUGUAGAGUUCCUUGCCGGGAAGACUGCACCUUCAGUGCCUGGUCUGAGUUCACAGAGUGCUCCACCUGCGGAGGCUGGCAAAGUCGAAAGCGCGUGCUCACAGGCCGAAGCAAGAAGCGAGAAAAGUGCCAGCAGUCAGAUCUGUACCCACUGGUCGAAACAGAACGCUGCGGCUGUGCCGAGUUCCUGUCCCAGCCCUACGGAAACUGGUCGUCCUGCAUCCUCCCAGGGAGCAACGGCUGGAGAGCACAUCGUGAUGCCAGGGACUGCGGUCAGGGUCUGCGCUACAGAGCUGUGGCUUGUGUGGGCCAGGACGGCCACCUUGUUGAGCCUACCCCCUGCAGCAGCACAGGCUAUGUGGUGGAGGUUUGUCAUAUCCCCUGCCCCAUGGACUGCAAGCUGAGCGAUUGGUCCGCCUGGUCAGCCUGCAGCACCUCCUGUGGUAGCGGGUUGAAAGUCAGAUCCAAGUGGCUGCGAGAGAAGCCCUUCAAUGGCGGUCGGACCUGCCCAAAGCUGGACCUGAAGAAUCAGGUUUAUGAGGCAGUGCCUUGUCACAGUGAGUGUGGUCAGUACGUUUGGGUGAUGGAACCUUGGUCAGUGUGCACCAUCAACACCGUGGACGAGAUGCCUGCCUGCGGGGAGGGCGUGCAGACCCGUAAAAUCAGGUGCGUGAGAAGGGACAUUGAUGGGCAAGGUCAGAGUGUGGACGACAGUCUUUGCGACCCAGAUGAAAUGCCCUUCGUGGCCCAGACCUGCUUCCUGCCCUGUGCAGACGAAUGUGUGAUGUCACCGUGGGGUCAGUGGAGCACCUGUCCUCUACCGUGCGACCAGAACACAGUGAGGAGAAGGCUGAGGCAGACACUGCGUCUUUCUCAGACUGAGAAGAGCUGUCCUGAGGACAACCAGAUGGAGAGCUGCGUCCUCAACAGCAACUGCUUUACCUACCACUACAAUCUCUCAGACUGGAGCACUUGCAUGCUAAGUGAGAAUGCUGUCUGCGGACUGGGUAGGAGGACAAGACUGCUGGACUGCGUGCGCAGCGACGGGAAGGUGGUGGAGGCCAGCUUUUGUGAGGAGCUGGGCUUGGCGAAGACAUGGAAGUUGGAUGUUCUCUGCGUGGUGGACUGUCCUGUGAACUGCUUACUCUCAGACUGGUCGCCGUGGAAUCAGUGCUCACAUACUUGCGGCACUCAAGGUCAGAUGAUGCGGUCCCGGAGUGUGAUGCAGCAAGCCCAUGAGGAAGGCAGGCCCUGUCCAUCUCAGCUGUCCCAGUUCAAACCCUGUCCCAUAAGGCCUUGCUACAAAUGGAUUCUGGGCCCGUGGUCCCUAUGCCGUGUUCAGGGUGCGCAAUGUGGAGCAGGUGUUCGAGAGCGAAACCUCACCUGUGUGGUUCACUGGGGGGACCCACUGGAGCACCCACCCCCCAGACCGGUAGAUGAUGAAUACUGUGAAAACCACCUGAGACGAGCAAGCCGAGAGGAACUGCAGCUGCCCUGCACUGUGCCCUGCCCCGGAGACUGCCACCUGACUGAGUGGUCAUCAUGGAGCUCCUGUCAGCUGACCUGUCUGGAUGGGCGGAGCUUCGAGAGCACAGGCCGAAGGUCACGUUCCAGGGCGGUGAUUGUCCAGGUCAUUGAGAAUCAGGAUAACUGCCCAGAACAGGUCUUUGAAACACAGCCCUGCAAAGAAGGAAAGUGCCACAGCUACGAAUGGAGGACCAGUGGCUGGAAGGAUAACGAACGUCUUGUGUGGUGUCAUCGCUCGGAUGGGGUCAACGUCACCGGGGGAUGCUUUCCACAGAACCGGCCAAUGACCAUUAGACACUGCUACCCCCCCUGCACCAAACCUUUCUCCCACUGCACACAGAGUGGUGUCUGUGGAUGUGAGAAGGGCUACACCGAAGUGAUGACCACACAUGGCUUCCUCGACUACUGUACCAAGACCCCAGGAGGAGAAAACAAGAAGGCCGACGUCAAAACCAGUUCUGGGAGAUUCAAACCUGGGACCUCACAAAUGCAUGACUUUCUCAAUGGCUGGUCCCUGCAGCCAGUGGGUCCAGAUGGCAGAAUAAAGCUCUGGGUCUAUGGGGUGACUGCUGGCGGAUUUUUCCUGGUUUUGCUCAUUAUUGCACUCUCAUUUCUGACAUGCAAAAAACCCAAACACAGUAAAAGUUCAGCACCAGCUCAAAAGCCUCUGGCUCUGGCAUACGAUGGGGAUGCGGACAUGUGAACUAGGACA